CUUAAUCGGUCGCCUACCAGACCAGCGUCUGGGUUUCUAUAGUAACCACAGUACGCAGAAAACCCAGCGAGUGGAGACUGGCAACUGGGAACGAGAUUGCCAGCCUGAUUGCCCACCAUGUCGGUGAUUGUAGCCCAGUCACAUUAUAUCUUUGGCCUCCGGGCUACUGUUGUUAAUAAUGUUUUUUUCUUCGAUGAACAAACCAUAAUAUUCCCGUCUGGCAACAACUGCAUCAAGUACAACGUAGAUCAAAAAUGGCAGAAAUUUAUACCAGGGUCGGAGAAGAGUUUGGGGAUGCAGGCUCUGGCCAUCAGCCCAAAUCGUCGUUACCUUGCGGUGUCUGAAAAGGGUCCAGAAAAAGCCACGAUUACGAUCUACGAGCUGGCCUCGGUCCCCUUUAAAAAACGCAAAGUGCUGAGUGCUCCUGACCUCACUGCCCACGAGUUUGUUAGUAUUGCCUUCUCUCCAGACUCCAAGUACUUGGUGGCCCAGUCGGGCGCUCCAGAGUGGACUAUGAUCUUCUGGAUGUGGGAAAAGCAGAAAGUGAUGGCAGCUGUGAAAACCGAUAGCCUGAAUAACCCCAUUUACCAGGUGAGCUUUAACCCUCAGGAUAACACAAUAAUUUGCGCCACGGGCCGUGGGGUCUUCAAGCUCUUUCACUACAUUGAAGGUAACUUGAAGCAGACUAACUUCCAGAAAGUGGAUUCUCACAAUUUCCUGUGCCACGCGUGGCUCUCGGAGAACCGAGUCAUCUGUGGCACGGACACGGGCAAACUGUGCCUCUGGGAAUCAGGAGACCUCCGAUGGGAGCACAGCAUCAACGGCAAAGCUGUGGCCAAGGAGAUGGAGAAGUCAUCUGAGAACGAGCGUUCCCUUUCUACUCUGGGUGCUAGCCAGCCUUCUGUCCGCAUCAAUGCCAUACUGGCUUACUCCAAAGGUUUCCUGUGCUCUGCUGGGCCGGGCAGGGUUUGCAUGUUUGAGAAGGUAGAAGACAAAGAACUUUACAAAAGAAACCGUGAUAUUAAAAUUCCGCAGGAUGAACACAGCAACGACCCCAGCCAGUCAGAACUACAGGAGAUCACGUGCAUGAGUCUAAGCCCCUCGGAGGAAACUGUGCUGAUCAGUACUAAUAAAAGCCAACUCUACACCAUUGCCCUGUCGUCAGCCGAAAUCAGCAAGGGGGAGGAUGACGUGCAUUUCGAGUAUUUGACAGAGCAGUGGCACUCGGCCCCCAUCACAGGGCUGAGUAUCUGCAUCCGCAAACCGCUCAUCGCCACCUGUUCCCUGGACCACUCCGUUCGCAUCUGGAAUUACGAAAACAACUCCCUGGAACUGUAUAAGGAGUACCAAGAGGAAGCAUACAGCGUCUCCCUGCACCCCUCCGGUCUGUACGCUUUGGUGGGAUUCUCAGACAAAUUACGGUUAAUGAACUUGCUGAUCGAUGAUAUCCGGCCAUUUAAAGAAUUCACCGUUCGUGGUUGUCGAGAGUGUGCAUUUAGCCACGGGGGGCAUCUCUUUGCUGCCGUGAAUGGCAACGUGAUCCACAUUUACUCCACAACAACGUUUGAAAACGUCACUAACCUUAAAGGCCACAAUGGAAAGGUGCGUUCCAUCGCCUGGAGUACAGAUGAUAGUAAACUCGUGUCUUGUGGCCUUGACGGAGCCGUGUACGAGUGGAACUCGCUUUUGGGUAAGCGCGAGUCUGAAUGCGUGCUGAAGUCCUGCAGUUAUAACAGUGUGGCCCUGGCACCGGAUUCCAAAACCAUUUUUGCUGUUGGAUCCGAUCAGAGUCUGAAAGAGAUCAGCGACGGCCAGUUUGUGCGUGAAGUUCCAUCGUUGGAUGUGACGUACACAGCAGUAGCCAUCUCCCACUCGGGGCGAAUGCUUUUCACCGGCACAUCUAAUGGGAGUAUCCGGUCCAUGAAGUACCCACUUCCCCUGGCGAGCAAGGAGUUCAAUGAAUAUCAAGGCCAUGCUGGCCCGGUUACGAGGCUGGUGGUGACUCCUGAUGACCAGUAUCUCCUGUCCAUCUCUGAGGACGGAUGCCUGAUGCUAUGGAAAAUUUCGGACAAGGAAGGCCGUGGGUUGAAACGAGACAAAGAAGUUAGCUAUGCGGAGGAGGUGCUGAUUACCAGGUCCGACCUGGAAGAGAAGAACCAGGUGAUGUUGGAGCUAAAGACCCGAGUAGAAGAGCUGAAAAUGGAGAACGAGUAUCAGCUUCGACUGAAAGACAUGAACUACAACGAGAAACUGAAGGAACUCACUGAGAAGUUCAUCCAGGAGAUGGAGGUGUUAAAGACUACGAACCAGAUGCUGAAGGCUGAUGCAGAAAAACAGGAGUUGAGGCAUCAGGAUGAGACGAGUGAAUUAAUAGAAAAACAGUCGAGAGAAAUGCAGGAUCUGGAAACGGCCAAUAACCAAAAGCUUUUGCUGGAGUAUGAGAAGUACCAGGAGCUCCACGUGAAAUCCCAGCGCAUGCAGGAGGAGUAUGAAAGGCAGCUGCAUGAUCUGGAGGAGAGUAAAACUCAGGCACUCGAGGAACUGACCGAGUACUAUGAAGCCAAACUGCAGGAGAAGACAUCCCAGCUCCAGCUGACCCAGGAUGAAGCCCGUCAACACCUCAGGGAGUUUGAGGAAACCAAAAAACAAAUAGAGGAAGAUGGAGACCGAGAGAUUCAAGACAUGAAGAUUAAAUACGAACGACGUCUGAGAGAGGAGAAAGAGGCUUCACUUCGUCUAAAGGGAGAAAGUGGCAUCAUGAGAAAGAAGUUCUCCAGCCUGCAGAAGGAUAUAGAAGAACGUACCGCUGACAUUGAGAGGAUGAAGAUGGAGCAGCAGAAGCUACAAGGUGUAAUCAAAUCUCUGGAGAAGGACAUUCAAGGACUGAAGAGAGAGAUUCAGGAGAGGGAUGAAACUAUACAGGACAAGGAGAAGAGGAUAUACGACCUGAAGAAAAAGAACCAGGAACUGGAGAAAUUCAAGUUUGUGCUGGAUUAUAAAAUUAAAGAGUUGAAGAAGCAAAUUGAGCCACGAGAAAACGAGAUUAAAGAGAUGAAAGAGCAGAUCCAGGAGAUGGAGGCUGAGUUGGAGCGUUUCCACAAGCAGAACACCCAGCUGGAUUUGAACAUAACCGAACUGAAACAGAAGCUGAAAGCAACAGAUCGUGAGAUGCACAAAGAGAGACAGAAGGUUCGGGAUGUCGAAGCUGUUGUUAAGCGGAUAAAGACAGAUAUUCAUAACUGCGUUGGGUUCAUUCAAGAACCCAAGAAACUCAAAGACAGUAUAAGGGAUCUGUAUUCAAAAUACGUGCAAGACAGUGACGUGGCUGAAAUUGUUGGUGUGGACGCAGACAUCCAGCGGGAAUACGCCAAGCAGAGAGAGCACCUGGAGCGCAGCCUGAACACCUUACAGAAGAAACUAGCGAAGGACUCCGAGAUCCACCGCGCUGACACCGUCAGGGUCAUGCAGGAAAACGUGACUCUGAUCAAGGAAAUCAAUGAAUUACGCCGGGAGCUGAAAGUCAGCCGCAACAAGGUUCAUGAUCUGGAAGCAGCCCUGGGGUUAUCCCGGAAGAACAGAAAGACAAGCCUUGCGGACUCCAGAGCCUUCUCGGCGGACAGCCAGCGAUCGCCGCAGAUUUUACGGCUAAACAUAGAGGAGGAGACGGCCAGGAUCGCUGAAAUGCAGAAACUGGAAAUUAAACGUUUACGAGAUUUGAUCCAAUCGCAGGAACACGCGCAAGUCACCAGACCGCUUUCUGUGGGCAAAUUACCUGCCCUGACUACAUGAUUUUGGCAUCACACACAGAGGCUGAUCUGCCAGCAAGCAAUAAAGUCCACGUCUGUCUUAAA